AUGGAGCUGAGGAGGCAGCUUAAACCAAGCGGUCUUUUCUUCCCAGUAGAUGCUGGGCCCAGCGCGAUGAUCGGAGUGAUGGUGGGCACAAGCUUCUCGGGUACAAAUGCGGUUCGCUAUGGCACAAUGAAGGACAACGUCAUCAACCCGAUUAUUGUGUUGGUGGAUGGUUCGGUAAUCAAGACGCGCUACAGGCCGCGAAAGACUACUGCGAGUUACAACCUGACUAGUUUCUUCAUUGACAGUAAAGGCACGCUCGGCAUCGUCACAGAGGCCACGCUCAAGCUGGCCGCGAUCCCAGCAGAAACGAAGGUGGGCUUUGCUACGUUUCCCCUGGUGCGCGAUGCUAGCACUGCCGCAACAGCAAUUCUUUGGACGGGUAUCCAAACGGGAGCCAUGAGGAUCAUGGAUGCGGUCAACCGGACUGGAGGGACGGACAGGAAGUGGGGGGUGAUGCCAACUAUGUUACUCAGGUUCAUUGGCAGCCCGGGCCAGAUCGCGGAGACGACGCGCCAAUUUAGCGAGAUGGCAAUUAGCAAUGGCGGAGGCACACUGCAAUUCGCAUCGACAGCUGAGGAGCAGGCGAGCCUCUGGGCGGCGCGCAAGCAGGCGCUAUGGUCGGUGCUGUCGCUGCGUGAGGGGGACGAAGAUGUGUAG